AUGUCCGCAGCACCAACCUCUGGCGCCGCCCCAACAACAAAGGCCACCAGCGCCGAUAAAUCAUCCGCCGAUGCGUCGAAAGAUCAAAAGCCCGUUACCACAUUGGAGGAAGAUGAUGAGUUUGAGGACUUCCCAGUUGAGAACUGGAGCCAAGAAGACACAGAAGUACCUGGCGACAACACACAUUUGUGGGAAGAGAGCUGGGAUGACGAUGAUACUUCGGAGGACUUCUCCGCGCAAUUGAAGGAAGAAUUGAAGAAAGUCGAAGCAAACAAGAAGAGAUGAGCAGGAAAUAUUUUGUUCCAUGGGUGAUUCACAUUCAAUCGGGAGUUCAAGGGCAUGACAUCAUUUCACAUACAGCACAUCACGGGUAGAAAUUACUAGAAGAUGAUAGGCA